AUGUCGCCAUUCCUCAACCCAUCACAGAGAAACAUUUCACCAAAAAGCUGGAGCUCCCCCCAUCAGAGCUGGCAGAGCAGAAACCGACCAGUCUCUCAGAGCCACUGGAGCCCUCAAUAUUACAAUUCUAGUUCUAGUCCAAAUGGACAGUGGGCAUCCCGACAACAGUGGUCUCCUAACCAAUGGGACCCAGCAUCCAAUUACCACAGAAGCUGGAGCUACAGCCCAGGAACUCCGAAAUAUUCACCCUUUUAUAAAAAUAAUCCUGAGCGUGGUUUGGUAUACCCCGAGAAAAGGGCGCAGGUACAUUUCAGAAGCAACCACAAAGACAUCAGUCACUACUACAGCCCAUCCAUGGUGGAGGACCCUUGGGCAGAACUGGAGGCUGCGGCUACAGGGAAAACAGUGUCUACAUAA